UCCAGUGCGUCUACGCGAGUGAUACAAAUCCCGACGUCAUAGCUUACUAAUCCUCCAAGGUGAAGGAGAGGUGACAGACAGCGUAGGUAUACAAUAUGUAGUUCUCAGCAAACGUCGUGCUUCCAUUCCAGUGGCUGUUGAAAACCUCUCUUCCAACAGCUCGCAAAGUAUCAGGAAAAGCUAAUGAAAGGGAAGUACAAGGAAUUUGCUACUUCAUAUUUCACGUAACAGUGACGUAAAAAUGAGGAUUGACCUGUGUCGCAUUUAAAUGAUGGACUUGGAAUUCCGCGACGUGCGUUCGUCUUACAGGAAGGGCUUCCAGUUUUAACUGAACAGCAAGAACAGAGGAAUUAUAGAGGAGACUCUCGUGGAUUAACAUAAACGUACACUGGAGGAAGGACCCAAGGAUUACGGUGACGGCAAUGGACGAAGUAAGUCACGUUCGUCUCGACUGACCAGCUCAUCGACAACGGCAGACUAUGGUGACGGCCACGGUUGGAGGAAUGUCCCUCGUUGCCUGCGCAGCCAUCUUCGUGCAACUCGCCUCCAUGUCAUCAGUAGCUCUGCAAAGUCACCCUCAGUCGACGACAUCUCUGAGCGCACUGGCGCUAGUGUCCGGCUCGGGGUCUGCUGCGGUGGCGACGCCUGGCAAGCUGCGUCACGAGGGCGGCGGGGGCGGCGGGUCGGCGGCGGCCGCCGGCAACACGCUGGCCGCGCCCUCCGUCUUCGUCACGAGCAACUCCACCGUCGUGGUCGCCCAGGAGGGCGGCACCGCCACGCUGCCCUGCGUCCUGCGCAAGUUCGCCUCCGGCGUUGUGUCGUGGAUACGACGCAAGGACUACCACCUACUCACCGUGGGGCUGGCAACGUACAGCAGCGACGACCGAUUCCUGGUGGUGCACGCGCGGCAUCUGCAAAGCUGGGGCCUGCAGAUAAAAUUUGUGCAGCCACGUGAUGCCGGGUGGUAUGAAUGCCAAGUUUCUACGCAUCCGCCAACGAGUAUUUUUGUGGAGCUUAAAGUAACAGAGGCGGUGGCGGAAAUUGCCGGAGCUCCGGACCUGCACCUGCGCAGUGGCAGCGAGCUGCGGCUGAUCUGCAAGUUGAGGCGGGCCACGGAGGCGCCGGUGUUCGUCUUCUGGUACCACGACGACCGCAUGAUCAACUACGACGAGGACCGCGGCGUGGCUGUGAGCAAGGGGCGCGGCGGCAGCCAGCUGCUCAUCCCGAGGGCGGAGCGCACCGACUCCGGCAACUACACGUGCGCGCCCUCCAACGCGAGGGCCGCCAGCAUCACCGUGCACGUGCUCGAAGCAGAGAAGCCGGCGCCGAUGCAGCAGGACACUCGCAAGGCGUCGGCGUCGGCGGCCGCCGCGGCCCCGUGGCCGGCGUCGGCGCUCUUCCUGACGCUGCAACAGCUGCUGCUGCUGCUGCUGCCGCUGAUGACGCUGACCCCGGCGUCGUGGAGCUGA